AGAUUCCUAGGAACAUUUUGAGUGCAAUUCUCGUACAGUUGUCGAACCAUUCUGUCAAGCUACACUUGUGUAACCCGUGAUACACCGUUGUAGUAGCUUGAUAUUGCGAUAUUGCUGUCGCUGUGUAUUGCUGCAAAGUGAUUGUCAUGGCUUCGGAACGAUAUAGUUUUUCGUUAACAACUUUCAGUCCAUCAGGCAAGUUAGUGCAAAUAGAAUAUGCCUUGGCUGCAGUAGCCGCUGGCGCGCCUAGCGUGGGCAUUAAGGCGUUAAAUGGUGUUGUUCUGGCUACAGAAAACAAACAUAAAUCCAUUCUCUAUGAUGAGCAUAGCGUCAGCAAAGUCGAAAUGAUCACAAAGCACAUUGGCAUGGUUUACAGUGGUAUGGGUCCAGAUUACAGAUUAUUAGUAAAGCAAGCACGGAAAAUGGCACAACAGUAUCUCCUAGUAUAUCGAGAACCUAUCCCGACUGCACAACUCGUACAACGCGUUGCGAUGGUCAUGCAAGAGUACACGCAAUCUGGAGGUGUUAGACCUUUUGGAGUAUCUCUUCUGAUCUGCGGUUGGGACAAUGACAAGCCUUAUCUAUUCCAAUGUGAUCCAUCUGGCACAUAUUUUGCAUGGAAGGCAACCGCGAUGGGCAAAAACUUUGUUAAUGGCAAAACGUUUCUCGAAAAGAGGUAUAGCGAGGAUCUGGAAUUGGACGAUGCUGUUCACACUGCCAUCUUGACGCUAAAGGAAGGUUUCGAAGGACAGAUGACUGCGGACAAUAUCGAAGUCGGCAUUUGUGACGCAAACGGAUUCAGAAAAUUGGAUCCAUCCAACGUGAAAGAUUAUCUCGCGAAUAUUCCUUAAGCUUAUGUGAGAAUUUCUUUUUUUUUAAUAUAUUCUUGGAUUACUUCGUAAUCGUUAAUCAAUUUGAAUCAGGUUCUUGCAAUAAAUGUCCUUUCUCCAAA